AUGGCCACCUCAUCCUCCACAUCCGCGCCCACCUCCACGACUCAGCCCACCCUCCGCCUCCGCGGCCAGGCUACGCUCGAGCCGUCCCCCGCAACCCCCGGAUUCCCCAUCACGACCGACCUUGCCGCCUCACCUUUUGUGGAUGUUCAAGUCGGUCCAACGCGGGUCAUGCUUCCCUCCUUUGCGACGUUGGAGGAGGAACGCAAGUACCGCAAAGAACACCUCGCCCUCGUCUUCCGGAUCCUCCACCGCUUCAAGCUGGCCGAGGGCAUCGCGGGCCACUGCAGCGUGCGUGACCCCGUCGAACCCGACACGUUCUGGGUCAACCCGCAGGGUAAAAGUUUUGCGCGUAUGCGCGCCAGCGACCUGGUGCGGUGCCGGAUCAACGACGGUGCGAUGGUUGAGGGCCGGGCGCCCACCGACGCUUCGGCCAGUUCGAUCCACUCUCAGAUUUAUCGGAUUCGGGGGCGGGAGGGACCCGCUGGCAUCGAGUCGAUCGUACACGUCCAUGGGCCGCACACCAAAGCUUUCUCGUCGUUGGGUCGCACGCUCGACAUGGUCUCUCAGGACGCGUGCGCUUAUCAUGAUGAGAUGGUGCUUGUGCCCUUUGGCGGCGUUGUGAUUGACAAUUCGGAGGGCGAGCGUAUCGCCAAUCUCGCUGGGGCUAAGCGGAUCGCGAUUCUCCAGAACCACGGCAUUAUCGCUAUGGGCAAGCUCAGCAUCGAUGAGGCGGCGUGGUGGCAGAUCAACUUUGAAAUGUGCUGCCAGGCGCAGCUGCUCGCCGACGCCGCCCGGCGCCCAGACGACCCCGUCGUCGAGGCUGGGCCGGACGAGAUCGCCUCAACCAAGGCCGAGAUGGGCACGCCCGAGAUGGGAUGGUUCAGCCUCGCGGCGUACAUCGAGGAGGAAGAGUGGCAUUCGCAGGGCGACCACAAGCUGUAG